AUGGCCUCCCGAAGCAUUCUGCUACGCUCGUCGCCAUGGCGAGCAGCAGCUCUCAACAGUUUCAAGCCGGCGGCGACCUCGUCCUUCCUGCCCACCGUUACUGCCCGCGCCAGCAGCUCCUCGACCUCUGCGAUUGCCUACAAGGCCCUCCGCCGGCGCCAGGCGCCUCUCCCGACGAGCGACGCCCCGCCGACAUGGUCUGCCCAGGCUGCUGUGUCCAACAUCCUCUACGAGACACCUGUGCCCUCCAUGGACCCACCGAAGCGCCAUAUCCUCAAUUGUCUGGUGCAGAACGAGCCUGGCGUGCUGUCGCGCGUGUCGGGUAUCCUGGCCGCCAGGGGCUUCAACAUCGACUCCCUCGUCGUCUGCUCCACCGAGGUCGCAGAUCUUUCGCGCAUGACCAUUGUCCUCACCGGUCAGGACGGCGUUGUCGAGCAGGCUAGACGCCAGCUGGAAGAUCUGGUCCCCGUGUGGGCCGUGUUGGAUUACACUUCUGCUGCACUUGUCCAGCGCGAGCUGCUGCUGGCCAAGAUCAACAUCCUGGGUCCCGAGUACUUCCAGGAACUUUGGGCGCACCACCGUGAGAUCACCGCCGAGGGCGCGGCCGAGGAGAGCGAGGCCUCGGAUCGCACGCCGACACUGAGCGAGACGGCUGAGGACUACCACCCGAGCCGUCUGGCACCGAGUGAAGCUCUGCGUCUGAAGCAUGAGCAUCUGAGGAGUAUCACAUACUUCACGCAUCAGUUUGGCGGCAAAGUGCUCGAUAUCAGCAACAGCAGCUGUAUUGUCGAGAUUUCUGCGAAGCCGACCCGUAUCGAGUCAUUCCUGAAGCUCAUCACGCCCUUUGGUAUCCUCGAGUCCGCCCGCACUGGUCUGAUGGCCCUGCCUCGGUCCCCGUUGUCAGGUCCGCAAGACGAUGCUGCGAAGGAGGCCGAUGAGGUUGUCGAUGCUAGCCAGCUGCCUCCUGGUUAA